AUGGAUUUCAUCACUCUGUCUUUUCUUCUCUCUGCAUUUUUCACUGCUUCAGCUCAACAAAUUCAGUCUAAUGUUAGCCGAGGCUCUUUUCUAACACCCACUACAAACUCUACGUGGUUGUCACAAUCUGGUCUCUUUGCCUUUGGAUUUUAUAAGCAGGGCAAUGGCUACGCUUUUGGGAUUUUUAUGGCCGGAAUUCCUGAGAAUACUGUUGUCUGGACUGCAAACCGUGAUGACCCACCUGUCUCCGGCGAUGUUGCCUUGCUUUUUGCAACCGGCGGCAGGCUGGUCCUUCAAUUGGCAAAAGAGCAGGUAGCCGUCGUAGCUGCUUCGUUUGGUUCUGCUUCGGCUUCCAUGCUUAACUCAGGCAAUUUCGUGAUCUAUAAUUCGAAUCAAGAAAUAAUAUGGGAAAGUUUUGAGCACCCGACCGAUACCCUUUUACCCGGUCAACGUCUCUUAGCAGGUCAAGAGCUGAUUUCUAGUAUGUCAGAAACUCAACAUUCAUCAGGUAUCUUCCGUCUAAAGAUGCAAAAUGAUGGAAACCUUGUUCAGUACCUGGUGGGUACUCCAGACACAGCUCCAUUUUCUUUUUAUACAUCGCGGACAGGUGGAAGUGGAGAUAACGUGACGCUAAACUUUGAUGCUGAUGCCCAUCUCUAUUUGCUAGACACUACAGGUUUCAACAUUAGGAAUCUAAUGGAUGGAGGAUUUCCUACAGAAGAUACUAUUUAUCUCAUGAGACUUGAUGCUGAUGGGAUUUUCUUGAUAUACUCGCAUCAUCUGAAACAGAAGGAAGACUGGUCAAUUGAAUGGUUAUCUUCGAAUGAUGUGCCAGAUGACAAGUGUGCGCCAAAGGGUCUAUGUGGGUUUAAUGGAUAUUGUGAUUUAAAUGUUCAGGGCGUUGGUUGCAAAUGUCUUCCUGGAUUUGCAUCGGUCAACCAAGGCGAUUGGGGUUCAGGCUGUGAAAGGGAUUUCACUGCAGAAAGUUGCAAAAACAACAAAAAUACCAUGGAAGCAGUGCCUAAUACCGUAUGGGAAAAUAAUAAUUAUUCGGUUCUCAUAUCGUCAACACAAGAGAAUUGCAGAGAAGCAUGUUUGCAGGACUGCAACUGUGAAGCUGCACUGUUCAAAGACGGGGUGUGCACAAAACAAAGGUUUCCAUUGCGAUUUGGGAGAAGACUACAAAGAGAUUCAACUGUAGCCCUCAUCAAGGUGGGUACAUCUAUAGAUAGAAAUCUGCCAAAGGAGGACAUCAUAAUAGUGAGUGUUUCAUUUGUUGCUUUUGCAUUAAUUGUCUUAGCAAUUUCUGGAAUUGCAAUUUACAGAUAUCGUGUUUGGUCAUACAAAAGGAUAUCUAAUAAUGGAGACAUUGUCUUUCGUGAGGAUUUUGCUCCAAAAUCAUUCACUUACAUAGAACUUGAGAAAGUGACUGACGGUUUCAAGGAAGAGCUUGGCAGAGGAGCGUUUGGGACAGUAUAUAAAGGGGCAAUAAGGAAUGGCGACAGCGAGAAGAAUGUAGCCGUCAAGAGGCUUGACAAAUUGUUGGCCGAACGGGAAAGAGAAUUUCAUACAGAGAUGAAAGUUAUUGGGAGAACACAUCACAAAAACCUUGUGCGUCUAUUGGGUUAUUGCCAUGAUGGACCCAACAGGCUUUUGGUGUACGAGUUCAUGACAAAUGGGUCACUUGCGGAUAUACUCUUCACACCUGAAAAACAACCUUCUUGGGAUGAAAGAAUGGAAAUUGCUCUCAACAUAGGAAGAGGAAUUCUUUAUCUCCAUGAGGAGUGUGAGCCACAGAUCAUUCAUUGUGACAUAAAGCCCCAGAACAUACUCAUGGAUGAAAACAGGUGCCCAAAAAUCUCUGACUUUGGAUUGGCAAAGCUGUUAAAGGCGGAUCAAACUAGAACCUUUACAGACAUUAGAGGGACAAAAGGAUAUGUUGCCCCAGAGUGGCAUCGGAAACGACCCGUGACAGUCAAAGUAGAUGUGUAUAGUUUUGGAAUUAUGCUGUUGGAAAUUAUAUGUUGUCGAAAGAGUGUGGACCAAAAUCUUCCCGAGGAAGAAGCAAUUCUUGAAGAAUGGGCAUACCAAUGCUUUGAGAGUGGUGAGCUAGGUAGACUAGUGAAUAAUGAAAAGGUUGACAAGAGACAAUUAGAGAGAAUGGUUAAAGUAGGAUUUUGGUGCAUUCUGGAUGAGCCCUCACUCCGCCCUUCAAUAAAGAAGGUUCUACUCAUGUUAGAAGGGACCAUUGAUAUCCCAGCCCCUCCUUGUCCAACAUCAUUUCUAAAGUCAUGCGUAAUGGAUAUGCUUGCAAAAUUUCAGCUCAAUCGGACCACAAACGCUUGUCAAUCGGAGCUAUAG